UGCUUCAUUGAUAUCGACAAUCAAAAACUUUCUGUGAUGACGGCUAACAUAUUUCUGGAGAAAAUAGUUUGACCCUAAUGACUGUCUACUCAACAGAGCAUGCGCUACGGUUGAUGAAUUAAAGGCCACGUGACGCGCGCGCGGCUAGGACAGGUGCUGUGGUAUUGAGUGCUGUACUACACAGAAAGUAAUUCCCUUUUCUUUAGUGCCGAUAGGCAGUUUCUCGUACACAGUUCUCAUUAGAAACUUUCUCUGCAAGUGGGUUAUAAUUUGCUGUUCCUAGGAAUUGACUCAGGCCUUAGGCCGCUUGCAUUCUCGUCAUGUCCGCACUGUGCCAAACCAUGAUGAACACUAAACAGACGGUUGGAUUACACCACUCCCUAAACCCGGGACACAUUUCGGGGAGGUACUCCCCUCCUUACCGCUCCCCCGAGCGUGUGCGGUGUAUGACAACCUCCACGGGAAAUUUCUUUGGUGGAGUUGAUGAUGGGUUACUUGCACGAGCUGAAGUUUUGGCUGCUGUUGACAUUUCUAAGCAAUCUUCACAACAAAUGAUGAAACACGAUGGACUAUAUGGCCAUACAGCGGACCUUGGGGGUCACAAUGCCACCCCUUCCCGCCAACAGCUACAGAUGCACAGCCACCCUUCAUUCGGCCCCACCGACGUUAUGCUUGAACAGCUAACAUCUAACCCCACGAUGUCCCUGGGUGGGAUGUCGGACCACCACAUGAGCAUUGCCAACUCCCCACCCAUGAACCACCACAACAUGUACGCGCCUGUGUAUUCGCACCCUAAUCCCAUGGGCAAUCACCAUGGGUUUGGGGGGCACCACACAGUCCACCAUACUAUGCAUGACACAGAGUGUGACCCUAGGGAGUUGGAAGCCUUUGCAGAAAGGUUCAAACAGAGAAGGAUAAAACUAGGUGUAACACAAGCAGACGUAGGUAAUGCACUUGCUAACCUCAAACUUCCGGGGGUCGGGUCCCUCAGUCAGAGCACGAUAUGCAGGUUUGAGUCGUUAACUCUCAGUCAUAAUAACAUGAUAGCACUUAAACCUAUCUUACAAGCCUGGCUAGAGGAAGCUGAGAAACAAGCACGAGAAAAAAAGGAAGCUGAAGGUCAAGGACUUGCCUGCUCAGAAAAGAAAAGAAAGAGGACAUCUAUUGCUGCGCCCGAAAAGAGGUCACUGGAGGCUUAUUUCGCAGUUCAACCCAGACCUUCUGGAGAAAAAAUAGCUCAAAUCGCAGAAAAAUUGGACCUUAAGAAAAAUGUAGUAAGAGUGUGGUUUUGCAAUCAGCGACAAAAGCAAAAAAGGAUGAAAUUUUCAGCGAUAGCUGGCCACUGAGUUUUAUUGUGAACAAAUGUUUGACGUUUUACACGCACAUUCUGUUGGAUAUGUGAAUAAUUAAUCUCAUAUCCAGGGAAUACAUGUCAGUGAUACGUAACUGGAUAUGUGAGAUAACGAACACGUGAAAUUACCUCAUUGUUUAUGUGUCCAGUACAGGACGAGAUUGAAGUCUUACAGUCGAGUUACCUAGGAGUCUGUAAGGUCAGGGCUGUGCUACGCUGACCCUUCGGUAUUUCACCGUUUUCGUUUUUAAUACCAAUUUUUCUCACCACCGAACCUUUUGUACCUGAGGAAAUGCUCUUAGAACUAUGUACAUGGAUCAUGACUUUUUAUGAAGUUGAUUUUAUUUUUGUAAAUAGAGAAUAAUUUAUUUUAAUUGUGAAACUUUUAAUUG